AGAAGAAGAAGAAGAGAGAAAUAAGCAAUGGGAUCUGUUGGAGAAAUCUAUGAAGCAAAUCAUGCAGAGGGUCCAGCCACGGUAUUGGCCAUUGGCACAGCAAAUCCAUCCAAUGUUAAGUAUCAGAAUGAUUUCCCUGACUUCUACUUCAAAAUCACAAAGAGUGACCACAUGCCUGAGUUGAAGGAGAAGUUCAAGAGAAUCUGUGAAAGAUCGACAAUUAAAAAACGCCACACCUUCCUGACUGAAGAAAUGCUCGAAGAGAAUCCCAAAUUCUACGAUACAAAGGCUUCAUCAAUUGAUGCACGCCAAGAUAUUAUGGUAACUGAGGUACCUAAGUUGGCCAUGGAAGCCGCAACCAAAGCUAUCAAUGAGUGGGGCCAAUCCAAAUCAAAGAUCACUCACAUUGUAUUCACUACCAUUUCCGGUGUCGACGCACCUGGCGCCGACUUCCAACUAAUUAAACACCUUGGCCUUUCCCCAACUAUUCGACGUGUGAUGAUGUACCAUCUUGGAUGCUAUGGUGGUGGCUCCGUGCUCCGUGUUGCCAAAGACCUUGCCGAGAAUAACAAAGGUGCUCGUGUACUUGUUAUUUGCUCAGAGCUGAAUUCAGUGAGUGCCUUCCAAGGACCCGAUGAGGCAAACUUGCAUUCCCUAUUAGCAAUGGCAAUAUUUGGAGAUGGCGCAGCGGCUUUAAUAGUUGGUGCAGACCCUGACAUGUCAAUCGAACGUCCAUUGUUCCAACUCUUCUCAGCAGGGACCCGGAUUCUCCCUGAUUCAGAAGAUAUGGUCGCCGGACACUUGCGUCAAACUGGUCUUUCAAUCAACUUAACCAAGGAUGUGGCCAAAACUAUUGCUGGUAACAUUGAGAAUUGCUUGGUGGAAGCAUUUAGCAAGAUUGGCAUUAGUGAUUGGAAUUCCGUUUUUUGGAUAAGUCACCCCGGUGGGCCUGCAAUUUUGGACAUAAUUCAAAUGUCACUUCGCUUGAAAGAUGAAAAACUAAAGGCAUCAAGGAAAGUGUUGAGCGAGUAUGGUAACAUGUCAAGCCCUACAGUGUUGUUCAUUUUGGAUGAGAUGAGGAAGAAAUCUAUGGAGGAAGGGAAAACCACAACUGGUGAAGGGUUUGAAUGGGGUGUGCUAUUAGGGUUUGGACCAGGUCUUACUGUGGAGACGGUUAUAUUGCGUAGCGUUCCAACAGUUUAAGCUCAUUGAUUAAAAGAAGU